AUGCGCCCCGGGUUGCAUAAACCGGGCGCGUUUCCACUGCUGGCCCUAGUCAUCUUCUCCCUGCUCACACUGGUGCCUUCACUGCCCAGUAUUUACAGCUUGAAGCUUACCGACUUGACAUACUACAUUGGCGGGUCACAAGUGCCUCUCAUUCAGGAGAAUGUCGAGCUCCCUUUGGACACACACCCCAGCGAUCGCACACCAUGGAUUCUGGCUGCACCGUCUCGAUCGCGUCUGAAUCGUUUCUCACGACCCGCGCGAAUUGCAAACGGUGCGCCGACCAUCUCUACCGAGACGCCGUCUUUCGGAAAUAGAAGUCGCUCGUCCUAUCACGCGGAAUCCACAUUCUUGUUCAGCCGCCGAGCCCGCGCCUUUCGCACAUUCUUCAUCCAGCAAUUAGACGACUAUCAAUUCCUCACCCCCUUCUCCACCGGCAGUGUGUCAACCGGUGCCAGUGCCACGCGUCCCGAUCCUACACUUACUCCUAAUCUCGCCGAACCGGCCUCAAUUGACGACUCAAAUCCCACCACCGCAAUAAAUAAUGAAUCCCUCUCAUCCCAGCCUGCUACGGACCUAGGUCUGCAGCUUUCAUUCACCGAUAUGUGGCAGCAGGCCUGCCAGACGGCCAGCGGUCUUUGGAAGCUGAAUUCCAAGCUCCAUCGUUUGAUCCGAUGGGAAUCAGAGGACGCUCACUCCACUAAACCCGCCGACAUGCCUUUAAUCCGCUAUCAAAAGGACGCUCCACCGGAGGAAGAAUGCACGGGCGUAAUGCUGAAUAAAACUCUGCUUCCAUCAAAUGACCAGUCCACCGACGCUGCUGGCCGGCCUUCAGCGGAGCUCCAGGGCAGCUGCAUGGCUGUUGUCAUCGGCCUGGUCGCCGGGAUAAUGUGGUUCUAA